AUGCAGAACCAAAUGCAAUUCCAUGGCCAACAAUCUCACAACAAUGGAAACCCGGCUCUUCUGAACCUCCUCCCAAAUUCAGGUCAUCAAACGGAUCUCAACCAUCUCUGGACACAGCUACAGGAGCUCUCACAGCUGCUCUCCAUCAACAGAGAAAGUGCUGCCAAACUUGUUCAAAAAGCUGAUGAGGCAAAGGUGAGGGCGACCCCGGAAGAAGGAAGCACGCAUCUACGGGAUGCUCAACAAGAGAGCAAAGAUGACGUCCAAUCCCAAAACCGUAUACUCAGAAAGGAAAAUGCCACCCUUCUAGCGGAAAACGAGGAUUUGUCAAGUCUAGUAAACGAUUACGAGUCGGUGCUGGAAAAGGUUUUAGAAGGCUUGAGGAUCUUUAUUGUCCGUCACGAACAAUCGAUAUCCACAAUCAACAUCCAUCAAAGCUAUGCGAGCCAACUUGCAAUAGAGAGACAGGUAAAUGCAGACCUUCGUCAGGAAGCUGCAGAAUUCCAAGCACGCCUUGCGAAACUAGGGGCUUUUCUUCGGAUGGCUCAUGAGAAUGAGAGUUCCCUGGGUCCCGAUGUUGUUAUUGAGGAAUUAAAGGCCGAGAAUAUGGCUUUGCGCGAUGCUUUGGGUGUGAAGCUAAAGGAGAUGUAA